UAAUCAACAUGGCUGCCUCCGUGAGAACGUUUGUCCGCAGUUUGUCCCGCAAAAAUGCCUGUUUCACCGCAGUAUUGCGGCGGUCAGAGUGUAGGGGGUUCACCGGUGCAGCCGAGGACCGGAGCACUCACUUCGGCUUCGAGACCGUAUCCGAGGCGGAGAAAGCAAGCAAAGGCGCUCAAAGAGGCUCUUCGGGUCCUUAAACCUGGCGGCAGGUUCCUGUGUUUGGAGUUCAGCAAAGUGACCAAUCCUGUGCUGGAACGGCUCUACGAUGCCUACAGCUUCCAGGUGAUCCCAGUUUUGGGAGAAGUGAUCGCUGGAGACUGGAAAUCUUACCAGUAUUUGGUGGAGAGCAUCCGCAAGUUUCCUGACCAGGAGGAGUUCAAAGGCCUGAUGGAAGACGCCGGGUUUUUCUGCGUGCAGUACUUCAACCUGACUGGGGGGGUGGUGGCUCUCCAUUCUGGCUUCAAGCUGUGAGGAAGAGCGGCUCUUCAUCUGCGCGGCUGAUUUCUGAGAUGAGGCGGAGUCGCAUUUCUGUUCCAUAGAUGAAUUUGUAAAAAGAUAUUUUCAGUCCUGUAUCACAGAGAUUGUUGAGUUUAUUAAACAAAAUGCUUUAAAUUAAAGCCAAUCUGUUUGAC